AGAAUGAGUAUUUUGAUUUGGAAAAACGUUACUUCUCGGUUUACUAAUUUAGUUGAGGACGGCUUAAAAUUCGGAUUCGUGAGGUUGAACUCGAGAAGUUUUGAAAUCGAUGUGUUUAAUCGAGAAGCUUUACAUUGCAGUAACAUAUACAUAGAGUUUGCGAAUUGAAUCUCUCCGUUGCACGCUCUGUUAUUUACGGACGUCUUUGGCUCAGAUAUCUGCAAUCUCAAUUCGGUGAACGGAAGAUACUGUUGGAUUUAGUUGCCUGUAGUGUAGUGAUUAGUAGCAGCGAUGGAACAUAGCGAAGAGGGACAGCCUUUGAAGCCUGAAAAAUCAUCUUCUCCAGCAAAAGUGGACCAGAAUAGCAUCCCGACGUAUCCUGAUUGGGCAGCAAUGCAGGCAUACUACGGUUCUCGAUUUGCAAUACCAUAUGUAAGCUCAGCUGUUGCUUCUCCACAUGGCCACCAGCCCUAUUUGUGGGUACCACCACAGUCCAUGAUUCCGCCUUAUGGGGCUCCAUACGCUGCAUUCUAUGCUCCUGGUGGUUUUUUCGGACACACUGGAGUUCCAAUAGCUGGUGCUGGUUUUAGUGCUGACACAUCAGUGAAAAUACCAGGCAAUACCGAUGAAAUGAAGAAGUCUAAAGAUUCUGAUCCGCGUGCAAAAUCAAAAGACAGUUCUAAUGCCGACAGUGGUGAACAUGGAACUGAUCAUAGACUCUCUGAAAGCGAAGAUACUGGAGGGUCUAGUGACGGAAGUAAUGGCGUCACGCAUGGGGUUGAUGAAAGUGGUAAAAAGAGAAGCCGACAAGGAUCUCCAAGCGAUGGAGAGGCUAAGAAAAAGCAACGUGCAGCUACUGCUGCUGAAGGCUGUCGAGAUUCUGGGAAGGCAAUUGAGUUGGCAAAAACCCCAGUGGAAAAGAUCGAGAAAUCUGAUUCUCCACUCCUCGACGUGAAGCUGAGUCCAACCAACACACCAUAUCCAUCGAUAAACAAUGAAGCAUUGAUGCAGAAUGAGCGAGAGCUGAAACGAGAGAGGAGAAAACAAUCCAAUAGAGAAUCUGCUAGAAGAUCUAGGCUUCGUAAACAGGCCGAGAUGGAGGAACUUACUGGGAAAGUUCAAGUACUGACUUCCAAGAACAUGACUCUCAAAUCUGAGAUAAAUAAAUUAAUGUUAACCACCGAAAAACUGAAGCUCGAAAACGUCGACCUAAUGGAAAAACUCAAAGCUGCCCUGAAAGAGAGAGCAAUCGACAAUCCAAUACUGAAACCAGACGGCACACAGAAUCUGCUCGAAAGAGUAAACAAGAACACUUCCAAUGACGAUGGAGACUCGUUCGAGAAGAGCACCCCCAUGGCCAAGCUUCACCAGCUCCUCGACCCCAGCCACAGAUCGGAUGCUGUAGCUGCAAGUUAAUUCGCCGAACCUAUACGUCAAUUGACUUCAACCCAUGCCGUACCGGUACGCUUACUUCUGAUUUGCAGUUAAAGUUAAGAGACUACAGAAAUCCAACCUUCCUUUUUUUAGAAAAAAAAAAAAAAAAAAAAAAAAUUUAGAGCCUUUAUCACCAAUGCUGGAAUUGAUUUUUAAGACGUGAUUCCUGGGAUGAUAUAUGAUGCUAAGAUUUGUCCAUGUCUGGGAGAAUAGUCUAGUCAGAAAUAAAUAAUGAUAACAAUAAUAAUUAUAGUUAUAUUUAUAAUAUGAUAUGUGAGACAGUAAGAUGUUUUUUUCAGGUUUUUUUUUGGUAUUUAUAUGAACUAUUAGGUGUUAUUAUUGGACUGAUUAGUCAAGGGAGAUGAUGUAUAACUGUAUAAGUUGUGUCUAAUUAGAAAAGAUGAAAUAGACAAGGAUUUGAUGUUGCUAAGAUUUUUAUAGUUUGUGCCUAUCUUUUUCUAUUGUCUUCUUGUUGGGAAGAGUUAUGGCGAGAAGUGUUCUUUGUAAGUAGUUUGUACCGUAGUAAAUAAGAGAAUACUUAAAAUAUGACCUCGAUAAAUUUUUCUUAGAAAAACUUAGCACAUGAUAGAUGGAAUAUGCUAAUUCAAUCUAAUAAAAUGGUUUUUCUUUAUU